AUGAAACACUCCGUCAUUCCAAAACCUGUGAAAAAUCCUAUGUUUAACUAUGUUCAAUUCUUGAAGAACUUGGAUUUACUCGAAUUCUUAGUCGUCAUUCAAUAUUGCGCUGAUACUCUUACCCUCGAAGAUUAUAGACCUGCUAUAUCUUAUAUUUUACUAGAUAAUCCAUUAUCUAAACCCGUCAGAACUUUAGCAGAUGGGCAAAUUGACAAUGACCUAUUAAAUAUUAUGAUCAAAAUAAUAACGGACCACUCAACAGGACUUUAUAGAUUAUUGUUAGACGCCGAAGAAAUUAUUAAAGAUAAUUUGAUAAUUAACACUCAUAAUCACCGCAUCAUGAAAAUUGUUAACUCAAAAGGUCUUUUGUCUCAACUUACCGAACUCAUUAUGCCAACAAGAACCUUCAGUAAAACAAAAAUAUUAUUGGCAUUAAUUCCAGUUUCGAGGAACCUGAAGAAAAUAGUAGUAAGAGUGGGUUAUAAAUAUCAAUUUUUGAAUAUUCUUAACAGAAGACGUUAUGUUAUUAAGCAAGAAGUAAAGGCUCUGGCCGAUUUGAUCAAGGCACAAGAAAAUUUGGAGCAUCUUGGGUUGCUUAAUUGUACCGAAGAGUUAGAUUGUUUGUUGAUGUCAAUUGAGAGUCAAGCUGACACUUUAAAGUAUUUAUCAUUUGAGAAAGUUCAUUUUCACGGCUUUGACAUGUUUAAACACAUAGCUACUUUGAGAAAUUUAGAACAAAUUCGAUUUAUUUAUUGCACAUUUAAACUAAAAGAUGAUUAUAGACCUUAUCGUUUUGAGAAUAAUUUUCCAAAACUAGUGAAACUAGAAAUAUAUGAGUCUAUAAAUGCAGGCUAUGCGGUCGAUAUUUUAAGGUCUGCCGCCUGUGGUUCUCUCAACGUUGAGAGCGAGCCUCGUAACUCAAUUUUUGCCCUAGAAUAUUGA